GGGGCGAGUGGGGGGAGCGCCCAGCAGAGAGGGCCAUAAAGAACCAAGGUGAGAGGUAAAGCGCGGAGCCGUUUGGGAUCGCAGCUCUCCUGAAGAGAGGACGUUGGAGUUCAGUUAAGUUCCUUAUGUCCUCCCCUGAAAUUGCUUCCCUAUCAUGGGGGCAAAUGAAAGUACAAGGCUCUACUAAAACCUAUAAGGACUGCAAAGUGUGGCCAGGGGGAAGUCGGGUUUGGGAUUGGAGAGAAACAGGAACUGAGCAUUCUCCUGGUGUGCAGCCUGCAGAUGUGGAGGAAGUUGUCAAGAAGGGUGUACAGACCCUUGUGAUUGGCCGAGGGAUGAGUGAGGCCUUGAAGGUGCCUCCAUCCACUGUGGAGUACCUCGAGAAACAAGGCAUUGAUGUGCGGGUCCUCCAGACAGAGCAGGCAGUGAAGGAGUAUAAUGCCUUGGCUGCCCAAGGCAUCAGAGUGGGAGGGGUCUUCCAUUCCACAUGCUGAUGGAGCCUUAAGGAGAAUAAAUCACUAAGCAACAA